AUGGCGGCUCAAGUAUAUAUUCCACCAGAUCUUACCGACGACCGCAAGGCUCACUCGUUUCAAUAUCGCGACGGGAACCUGAACUCCGUAAUUCUCUACGCACUAUUGCAUGGCAUAUACACCGGAAUUCUUGCUGUAACGUUGUGGAACAUAUUCAUUAAUAAACGCUGGUUGAUCCGACGAGCCUUGGUCGUCGUUAUUAUUCUCCUCCAUGCUCUGACUACUAUCAAUUUUGCUUUCAGUUGGUCAUAUAUACAAUACGCAUUCAUCGAGAACGGGCAAAGUUUUUGGACCGAAUAUUUGAAGCUGAGUGUAGCCCCAGCAACCGCUUUGGAGACCGGUAUCACAUCGUCCGCGAGCACCAUUCUCGCGGACUUAUAUAUGAUUUGGUGCUGCUGGAUGGUUUGGGGACGGCGCUGGCCUAUUGUUCUACUUCCAAUCCUUACCCUAAUCUCUGCAACUGUGUCGAAAAUCUUUCAAAUAUAUCUUGUAUACUUCAGUGAACCGUACGGAAUAUUCCCUAUGCUCUACUUGUCCUGCAUCCUGGCAACGACACUAUGGUGCACACUGCUCAUAAUUUUCCGCAUUCUGACUGUUACCGGGGUUAGACGCGGAGUAGGCGGCCGACUGGGAGGUUUUCACCGUUUUAUUGGAGUGCUAGUCGAAUCCUCCGCUCUCUAUUCGAUAUCUUUGAUCCUAUCUUUGGCAUCCUACAUUCGCAAUGAUUCUAGACUGUAUUACUUUGGUGUCAUAGCCGGUAUCGCGAAGGGAGUUGCACCCACACUCCUCAUCGGCAGAGCAGCAGCAGGACACACAUGCCCAAAUGAAGAACAUGACAAAACUUCGCUGGUGUCUGCCAUUCGUUUCCAGAUGUCUUCUCAACCAUCUCAACCUCCACAAUCAUUCGCUUCAAGCUUUCAGGAAUCCACCAGGCAUAGCGCAGUCCUUGAAAUGGACAUUGAAGCCCAGCUGGAGCGGUUAGACGAGCUUGUAGUAGUUGUUGAAAGGGCACAAUAGAGCUCAUGGCGAACGUCUGAAUGUCGGGCUUCAGAGACUUAUGGACUGUCACAGUCUGUCUUUUGUUGUUGUAUUCUUUUUAAUUAUCCUGCUUCACCUCGUCUAUUUUUCGAUCGCUUAUAUAGUGCAUACAUACCUCUCUAUAUAUUAUCACUUUAAAUUUUGUCUUAUUAGUCGCCUAUUGUAUGCAUAUAACUCUUCAACACGCAUCUCUGCUUUGAC